CGGGGUCUGCGGGCGCCGACGGGGCGGGCGGCGGAGGGCGCCACGUCGGCAGCGGAGGACGGCGCGGGAGUAAAGUCUCCGCCGGGCCGGGUCGCGCCGCGCUCGCUGCGACGCGCGGUGGAUGUGGAACAUCUCUGAGGAAACAGCUGACCUGACGCCUCUUUCACAAAGGAAUAUCUUUGGCACGUACCUUUAGUUGGGAGAGUAAAGAGGAGCCUCCCUUAGGAAACACCGCAGUCGGGUAACCGUGGGCUCUCUUCCAAGGUGGGACGUAAGCGCUUGGAUCUCAUCACACCAAGGAGACACUGAAUUGUAGGCAACAAUGAAUCAAACAGACAAAAGUCAUCAGGAAGUCCCAUCCUACCUCCAUGAUGAACCACCAGAAGGUUCAAUCAAAGACCACCCACAGCAGCAGCCCGGCAUGCUCUCUCGUGUGACUGGUGGCAUCUUCAGUGUGACAAAGGGAGCUGUGGGUGCCACGAUCGGGGGUGUUGCUUGGAUUGGAGGGAAGAGCUUGGAAAUUACCAAAACAGCAGUCACAUCAGUGCCUUCAAUGGGAGUGGGGCUGGUCAAAGGAGGUGUUUCUGCUGUGGCUGGAGGUGUUACAGCAGUAGGAUCUGCUGUUGCAAGCAAAGUGCCUUUAACAGGAAAGAAAAAGGACAAGUCUGACUAAAGCCAAAACAGACAUACUUGAUUUUCUAGAAUAUUACCUUGGUGGCAUUAAAAUCUUCUAAGAUUUGGACCAUGAGAAGCCAUGUGUCUUAGACACUGUCUUCUGAAGAGAAAGCUGAUUUCAUCCAGAAAGGACAGAAGAAGCUUGGCUAGCACAGCAUAUGAAGAUUUGUUACGGCCUAGUUUCAAGCUUUGUACCUGGUGGAAUGUUACACUUGAUAAUUAUAGGAGCGAGUGUGUGUGUCUGAAGGGGUAAUGCAUACUGAAUAAGUCUUCUGCAGUUUUGGACUGAAAUGUGAACUUAGAAACUUAAGUUGAUAAUCUGCCGUGCCAUCAGUUUGAUGAGGUGCCACUUACUGUCCUCAGUGGCUUCUGCACCCUCCUGCUAAGGAUCCUUGAGCUGUGUAAUGGCACCAUGGGAUGUGCCUCAAUAGCUACAGUUAGGAAACAGUACUUGCAGACAGCCUGACAGUUUUCAAUGACUGCACUCUGCCACUGCAGACUGGAAGCAAACAGAUUGGAAAUGAGAGGGAGAUGGGAGGUGAGAAAGUUUGACAGCAUGGUGCAAGGGAUAAUGACACUUAACUUAAUGCCUUACUAGAAAAGAAUCUCGCUUUAUUAGGUGAAGCUUUGUAAAGAGCUCUCCUGUUGUUUCUGUGCAGUUCAUUGAACAAGCUUCAGAGACUGUGGCUCAGAUACCUGAAACUUGCUCAGUUUUUACUGAAUACAAAACUGCUAAAUCUCAGGUGUAUUUAACGAUAGGCAUCUGUCUCCUGCAAGUGGAAACUUGCUUUGAUCAGCUUCUGAGAGACACCAGAAAAUAAUGAUGGCUUAAUGGAAGUGAGCAAGUGGUUUUAGUCAUCUAACACAGCUAUGUAACUUGAAAAAUUGCUUUGUGUAGCUGGAAACCACUGAAGAACCAGCACAGCUGUUGUCUCAACUCCAUGAUGUGCCAGGUUAGCUUCUUGCUCUGUUCAAACGCAAUAAUUUUUUCACUACAUCUUUAUCUCAUACUUAGCGUUUUGAGUAAAAUGCAGUACUUUUAUUUAAACCAAAAAUGGCAUCUGAGCUCCCUUUAAAAAAAAACAAACCAUCUGAGUAAGCUGUUUACUGACAAAUGCCAAACUUUGACACUCCUCCUAUGGGAACAUCUGUAGGUCCUCCGCAGUGUAUGAGGCAAAUUGCACUCCAAGGACACAGCUUGAGGUUGCCUUAAAGUAGAAGCUGCUGGUGAUCUUUUUUUGUAUGUGUGCUGACUUUGCAAAUAAGAAGGCUGUGAACGUUGUAUAUGCAGUAUUUUCUAAAAAGUUGUGUUCCUUCCAAAAACUUCAAAGCUUAUAAGCUUACUUUUCAGGUAGCUGUGGUUGUUCAAGGGUAUAUAGAAACUUAUUAGAAAUUAAAGAAAAAAAAGUAUAUUAUGUGUCUAAAACUUGCUCCUGUAUUCAUGGAUGUUCAAUGUAAACUGUGCACAUGAUGGUAGAGUGGUAACCCUGUCUUUCUGAGCCAUUGGUACUUCAGCUGCAGUCUGGAACAGCUUUACAGGUGAUCAGUAAUGAUUAUGUAUUGCUAGGUUCUCUGACUGGGGCAGUGGGGAGAGCAAAACCCUGCAGGUGGACCUCUGCUCCUUUUCUUAGUUGCACCAGUUGCUUAUCUCUGAACUGCUGGAAGCGUGUCAUGAGGUAAGGUCAAGCAAUAAAUGCAGUCCUUAACUAUUUUUAUAAUCAGAAGGUGACGGAAUGCUGCGUAGUUUGCAGAUCCCAGAUAGCUGCAGGAAUGAGCACCUCAGACACCAGCAGCAGUGGAGCUGCUGCAAAUUAUUGAGCCUGGUGUAGUUUCCAGUGUACCCCAGGGCACUACCAGUGAGCACUGCACGCCAGCUGUUGGGGAGCAUAGCAAGAUUUGUAACACUCAACCCAACCCUUCACUGUUUUCUGAACACUCAAACAUUGAACUUGUCUUACCCCUUUUCUUUUUAUGGCAUUCUUUAGUUUUUAUGCUAUGAAACUUGCUGCAGAACAAGCGUGUUAGGAGAGAUGCAAUGUUAGAACUGUAAAAGGUUGCCAGCGCUUUGGUAUGUUUUGUUCUUCGCAUGUCCUGUAGUUGUUACUUCUGAAUCUUGUAACUGAGAUGCUUUACCAUGGCGUAUGGUUUUAAUCUUUGAGAAAAGCUUUUUCCUGUAUUCUGCGUAUUUUUCAUUCACUUAAGAAGGUCCCUUCUUUAAGAACUUGUUCUGACUGUCCUGACUCUUGUGAAACAUUAAAUUGUUGCUGUUUCAGACGUACUGGAAGUUUCCUUAGUUACUUUGUGGAGAAAGGCAGAUCAGUAAAUGCUUACAUCUGAAUCUUCAUACUGCAUCGGUGGCCCAGGCAAUCUGCACCUAAAUAGCACCAAGCUGCUGUUAACAAAACCCACACUUACUGUGGUGUUGGCCAUGCACAGACGUAAUGCAAAAUCAUCUUCACUGUUUGGUUUUUGCUUUGUUUUUCUCCUGGGAACUGAAGAUUGGUGGUACCCACUUUUAAGAUUGUAGGAAGUUGAAUAGAAUAUCAGACUUUUUUUUUUAACUCUCACUUUCCCAGCCCCAUUUCAAAAGGGGAAAUGUUUAUGAACAUGAUUUGUAUGCAUGACUGCUAGUUUUGCAAAGAAAAACUGGGCCACAGAGUUUGAGAAGGUGGGGGAUCAGCCUGUUCUCCCAGAUAACAGCAAUAGGAUGAGAGGGAAUGGCCUCAAGUCAUGCUGGGGAUGGCUCAGGUUGGAUAUUAGGAACGAUUUCUUCCCAGAAAAAGCAGUGCUGCAGUGACACAGGCUGCCCAGGGAGGUGGUGGAGUCACUGUCCCUGCGGGUGUUCCAGAACUGUGUGGAUGUCAGUGGGCAUGGUGGGGUUGGGCUGAUGGUUGGCCUAGAUGAUCUUAGUGGUCAUUUCCAGUGUUAAUGAUUCUAUGUUCACGAUCGCUAUAACAGCAGAGAUUAAGAAGAGGAUUUCAACACUGUAGCAGUCACUGAGUAAUGUUUUGGUAAUCAAGGGCUCAUCUGAGGUUUUGUUAUUGAAUAUAACUUGGGAAGAGCAGAGAGACAGGCCUCAGGCAUACUUAAGGAUGAAGGGCUGAAUGAGUUUUGGCCAGCAGGUAUAGAAAAGGAGUUUUUAUGCUUUUGUUUUGAAACUUGCAGAAGGGAAAAUGCUUUUGCAAUAACUGGCAGUGACUGUUGAGGAAACAGGAAAAUGACGUAUUUCUUUCAUUGCUACUGGGAGUACUUUACAUGAUGGGAAUAGCAGUAGCAGGAAUUGUAUAACCAGACGCCAGUGGAAAUGCUAAAUUUUUUUAUGGAAAACAUUCUCUUAUGUCUCAGUUUUCUUUUCAUCCUGAAUGACUGCUUGUUUCUGGGGCUCAGCAUUACAGUAGAUGGUGGUAUGAAUACCUCCGAAGAGCUGAAAUGCCCCCUUGUGUCUGAGGGAUGGAGGCUUUUGAAUUGAAAUAUGGUGAUCACAGUAAAAGCUGAGUGCUGGAGGACAGUCAAACAGUGACAAAGGCUAGCUGCUGCAAUCUUUUCAUAUGGCGGUCUCUGCUCCCUCCUAUAAAUCAACUGUGUGUUUCGAAGAGUCAGCCAAGAAAUGGCUUAGUAAGGCAGGAGAACAUCUGUGGUGCCUGGUGGUGGUGUCACUUGAGUUCUGGCUGCCACCACAUGUGCUCUGGCCACAGGGUGCUCACCUCCACGACCUGCUGGCAUCCCGUCACGGCUUUGACCAGAUUUUGCACUAGUUAAUGUGGCACGCUGUGUGGCAUCACCUUGCAGCUCACUUUCUAGAUAAGUAAUUCAGUACCACUGUUCUUCUGUGUUUUAAAGCUCCUCUUCAAGAGAAGGAACCCUGGAUUUGGAUGGCCUGGCGUGGGGCUGUGGUUGGUUUAGCUCUUGAUGCCAAAGCGGAAUCUGUAUAGAACAGCUGCUUAAGCAAGUCUGCCUUUAUUUUUUACGUGUAAUAUUGCUGAUUCUAAUUUUAUUGAGAGGAACUUUAAUGCUUCUACUAUUUUUUAAUUAUUAUUCACAGCCCAUAAGUGAAAAUAAAUAAAAAUCCCCCAAGGAUUUAAACACUAUAGGACAGGUACUAUUUUAAAAGCCAGCACUUGUCAACAAUUACAGUGAUACAUGAGAAACCGUCACCCAUAUACUUAGAAACUAUGGCAGCUAUUUGCAAAUCUGGUGGUCACUUUAAAUCACCAGUGUGCUCAGACUCUAGUUCUGUUACACCCAUACAAAAAUGGGACUUUUCCCUUUCUCUUUUAGUCAUGUGAGACUCGUCUAAGUCACUCUGUAACCUUUUCUCUCCCCAUGCCUUGCUAGAAAAGAAGAAAUGAACAACCAUGUAACAGCAAUAAAUGUAUUUCCUUCUGCCCCCCAUCCUUUUGCAAAAGGAGUCAGUUUCUAUAGUCAUGGAAAUUUCAAGGAGGUUGUCUUAUAGUUUCUUUGCGUUAUGGUUUGUAAAUGAACACACUAGGGUAUUACCAUAGCAGCUGCUAAAUACAAAUGCUGUAUUCUGCCUGUUUUCAGACUAUGCUGUAGCUGGGUCCUGCCACCCACAAGUCACAUCUGCUUCAAUUCUUCAAUUCAGGAUGCAGGAGCUGUAGCCACUUCCUGCAGCAGAAAGGAAUGGAACUCGAUAUACAUCUCCAAAGGCAGUGGACCAGUGGGUGGAUUCAUAUUACUGGCAAAAUAAUCCUCCUUUUCUUUCUCAGAUAAAGAUUAAGCUAAGCACUACCACAGACAGUGCAGAGAUGGAG